AUGGAUUCAAAAUCCAGCAAGGUCAAAAGCUUCCGCACGUCAAGUAAACCGAAAUCAGAACCACCGAUAACAGUCAAUACCUAUUAUGAACAGUACAAAACUGAGAAUAUGCAAACAGUCUACAAAGACUACUACCCUUCAACAGACUCAAGUCGAGAAGAAAGAGACCUGCUGAUAACAAAGCGCCUAGAAGUGUCCAAGGCAGCCAAACGGCUUGAGGCAGACAAAAAGGCCUUCACCGCCGCCAAUCACCAGGCAGCACAGGAGAGGGAGAAAGAGGGUGUGAGAGAAUACGACUGGGCGUAG